UAAAGCCGACUUUUACAGACUGACUCGUCACUGUUCUUUUCGCUAGUGUCGAUGCCAACCGCGAUCUCCGAGUAUUUCUGUAAUAAAGUGUUGUAGCCGUCGCGCCGCCUGUUCACUUAUUCGUUCGUAAAAAUACACGUCGAGUUUGUGCGACUUUCUUGUAUUCCCGUAUUCUUUGGGUUUUUUAUUAUUCUUUUUGUUGUUUGUGAAGAGACGUCACGGGACGGACUUGUAUCGUCGCCGUGGAGAGAGCGUCGUCGUCAGCCAGUCUACCGAGGAUACCGGUACGCGCUUUUUACGGACUUGGUUACACUGACCAUCUUCAGAGUAGUCAGUCCUCUUUGAUAACGACCAAAGGAGUUCCAUUUGAAGUAGUAAAUCAGAUGAAUCAUCGAUUUCCGUCAACAGUACCGAGUGCUUUUGCAGUCUGGGGAGGGUUCGUGUGGCUGUUUAUUUUAGUAACGAGUUUGGCAAUGAUGCAGACGACGUUCUGCAAACCGACGUCGUCACUCGAGUCCUCGUCCAUGCCCCUCACUUUUCACCAUCUCGCCAAAAGGUCCUUCUUCGAUAUCGAAUGCAAAGGUGUCUAUGACAAAAGCAUAUUCGCAAGGCUCGACCGAAUCUGCGAGGACUGCUAUAACCUCUUUAGGGAACCAGAACUUCAUUCGCUAUGCAGGUCACGAUGUUUUUCAACACAGUAUUUCGAUGGCUGCUUAGAAACGCUGAUUCGAACCGAUGAAAAGGAAGAAUUCGCAAGGAUGAUUGAUUAUAUCGGCAAGAAGAAGCGAAUGGAAUAAGUAACCAACAAACAUCAACAA